UGCUGCUCCCAGAAUUCAACAGGCAACAAAGGAAGAAAGGAAGAGGCCGUGAGCUACAAAGAGCUAGCCGACCUAGGUUAAAAGAUGUCUCACGAAUUGGGCCGUUUUCACUCUCCAGUUUCUGCCCUUGUUUAAAGACUAGCAAAGUCCGCCAAUGGCCGUGUUGUUAUACUUUGUUGUAGUGCAAAACUGAAUGGAAGGGACGGCGGCGGGGAUGUUUGCGACAUAAAAACGCUACUAAAGCUAACUGGUAUUGGUAGCAAGGUAGCACUAGCUAGGCUAACGUUAGCCAACAAGGAGCAAACAUCUGACCGUCGCGUUUUCAUUGAUCAUCCCCUUUAAAAAUAUGAAUUUCUUUGGACAAUAAUUGAGCCAGGUCCAUCAAGGAAGAGUAAGGUGGUGGAGGAGGUGGAAUCUGACCCAUCCAACUGAGUCACCAUUUUCCUGCAGAUAAUGAAAACUGUCUGACAACGUUGACAGGAUUUUCUGAAAAGGGGCUUGCAUAGCUCCAACUGAGAUAGACCCCCAGGGAUUUUUGGAUCCGCUGUAUGGAUGACUUGUUUCAUGUGGCCUGAUGGAAGGACGUUGUGGAUAGUGCUUUCAUCGGGAUACCAGGAGAGCCGUCCCAUGCCCCCACAUUGGAGGGCCCGUCAGAAUGAAGAAGAUAAGUUUUAAGACGAUCCGAAAGUCCCUCAACAUAAAGGGCAAAGAGGAGGGCGACUUUGUUAUGCUCCAGCAGCCUUCAGUGGCAACAGAGUUUUCAAAGGAGGAAUCUCUUUUUGGCGGCUGCUACACCAAAGACCUUUCAGCGUGCGAUCUCGGUUGCGAGGAAGAGAAAGGAGGUCAAAACAAAAGUCGAUCGAAAAGCGAGGGUCUGAUGGGGUCGUUAAAGAGGAGGCUUUCUGCCAAACAGAAGGCGAAAGCAAAGGGUGGCUCCUCGGCUUUGUGUUCGGUGGAUGACGACGAUGCAUUUUCAUCCUCUUCUGUGCCCAUCAGCAAUGAGGUGAAAGCCCAGCGACCGCUUAGAUCGGCAUCCUUACGGAGUCACCAUUAUAGCCCCUCGCCGUGGCCUUUGCGACCAGUCAACUCUGACGAGGCAUGCAUCAAGAUGGAGGUUAAGGUUAAAGCUAUGGUCCACUCUCCCUGCCCAAGUCCCAAUUUAAAUGGUGUUCAUAAAGAAUUUCAUAACUUCCAGAUGGAAGGGCUUUUUCAGGAACAAGCAGAGUCCAUAAAGUAUCUUCAACAACCACAAAAUGGUGAGCUGCACCUAAACAUUGAUGAAAAUGAUGUGCCUGUGGUGCUGGGGUUGACACCCCAGGACUACAUCCAGUACACAAUGCCUUCAGAUGAUGGAAUGUACCCAGAAGGGUCCCACUCCUUUUGCCUAGAUAGCACUACUCCCAUGGAGGUAGUGACAGAGGCAGACAACGGGUCCCUCCACACUGAGCAGGGACCAGAUGAGCACGAACUGGUUAGUGGGUUGCCUGCAGAUCUCUUCAUGGAAACCUCAGUUAAUAGUAUUCUUUUAGGUUCUGCCGGGAUGGUGCUCCAAAGCUCGCGGGCGGAGGUCCCACCUCCCCUAAGUCCUCUUCUGCCGCCCAUGACGAGUAACGCACACAUCCCUAGGACUUUUUCUAGCUUCAGCUCCACAGACAGCCAGGUAGCCGAGAGAGUAAGGCACCAUCUCAACUUUGACCCAAGUUCAGCUCCCGGAGUCAGUCGGGUGUAUGAUUCAGUCCAGACAAGUGGGCCGAUGGUCGUCACUAGUCUAACAGAGGAGCUUAAGAAGCUCGCAAGGCAGGGCUGGUACUGGGGUCCUAUCACACGGUGGGAAGCAGAGGAGAAACUGGUUAACUUGGCCGACGGCUCGUUUCUGGUCAGAGAUAGCUCGGACGACAGGUACCUGCUCAGCCUGAGCUUCAGAUCCCAGAGCAAAACUCUCCAUACACGCAUCGAACACUCUAACGGACGCUUCAGCUUUUAUGAGCAGCCUGAUGUGGAGGGACACACGUCGAUUGUUGAUUUAAUCGAACACUCCAUCAAAGACUCGGAGAACGGAGCUUUUUGUUAUUCCAGGUCUCGCCUUCCAGGGUCUGCAACCUACCCUGUCAGACUAACCAAUCCCGUUUCUCGGUUUAUGCAAGUGCGCUCCCUGCAGUAUCUUUGCCGCUUUGUCAUUAGGCAAUAUACAAGGAUAGACCUCAUCCAGAAACUGCCCUUACCCAACAAGAUGAAAGAUUACCUGCAGGAGAAGCACUACUGAGGAAAACGACAGGGCAGAUAGCAGUUUGCACUUUUGUGUUCAGUUAAGAUUUUAACACAAGGUUUACAGACAACCACAGUUUGAGACAGUUGGUUCUGAUGGUUCUUGAUUUAUUUUUUUGACCCUGUCCAUUCCAGUGUUCUGUCCGGUUUUAUUUGCUGGUGUUCAGAAGGUUCUGGAUCCAGCAACACGUAUGUCCCUUUUCCAUCCAAGGUUCCAGCUUCGCCCCACUCUGAAUGCCUCCAUUCCAUUGACUCUUCCAAGUUCCACCUCAACAAAGUGUCUCCGAAAUAAAUCCUCCUGCAACCUCAGAGUUUGCAGGAGGAUUUAUUUCAGAAGCUCUUAGUGUUUUAUUUCUCUUUAAACAAUCGCAUGAACAGUUUCACCAUGGUUUAUAUCUGUUUCUGGGGAAAUAUAUCUCUACAGCUGAUUUUGUUUGCAGUCAGCUGACUUGGCUUAAUAAAUACAGAGCGCCUGUCUGCGUGUAAUUCAGAAUACUGAUGUUUUUUCAGCCUUGAGGCAUGGUUUAUGAUUUAGAAAUGGUUAAAAAAUGAUCAUCUUUUAGAAACCUAAAAUGACCCCAUUGAGAGUCCAAUAUGUUUUAUCAAAUGGUUUGAAAAGAAAACAAGAUAUGUUGCAAGCACAAACAAGCGAAGUAAGAUAUUUAAAUUUGCAUUUGGCUUCUAGGUUUAACCCGCUCCAUAAUACUUGCAUAGUCGCUUUCAAUAGUCUGGGUGAUUUGUUGAAAUCCACGGCUUGUCAUUUUUUUCAGCUACCUCAAGUUACACCUUUCAUUUCUACCCAUCAACCUAUCGCCGACAUGCAGCUAGUCACGCAUAUUUUUAUUUAACACAUUGCGGACUGUUCGUCGCUUUUUAGCCAUACUCCAGAGCAGGUCCCCCAAAAAAAGGAGCCACCGGGGCAGCAAAAAAUGGAUGAGUGGGGUGGAGCUGAUGGAAAACGGGCAUUCAUCUAUUCCAGAAAUAUAGCUGAGGGAAAAAGCAAAGUAAGCUUAGUUGGAAACAAUGAAGUGCAGACAUUUGGCAGUUGUGAUGUAUGAUUAUAUGAACUGUCCAGCUGUGCAAAUAGAUAGAAAUUUCCUUAAUUAUCUGCAGUGAAGUUGGGCCAGUGAGAAAAAUAAAAUUCCUUUUUGAAUUAAAGAUUUGUUGCUUUAUUAACUGAAAUGUCUUUUGCUGAAAUGGUAACAAAAAAAAAUGUUUGCUACAAUUGGCAUCUCUACAGACUGACUGCUUUUGUACAUCUUUUGUCCAACAGCAUUUCAUUUUUUUUCAGCUUAACUAUAGUCAUGCAAAUUGCAAAAUAACAUUUUGCAAAUUGAAAAUUUACAUUUAAAACAAUGUAAGGUCUAACGUAUUUUUUGUCCUUAAGAACGGCGCCCUGAACAAUAAUUGAAAUUCAAUUCAGGUUUGUGUUGAUGAAAAUCCUGUAUGGCUAAGUACUAAGUUCGUAACAAAAGAAGUUAACGCUGUGUAGCAAAAGAUGUCCGAAUUUGGUCAGAGUUUUUUUUUUAACAGUUAGGUCUGAAAAUUAGCUUUAAAAAGUAUGGCUGCAUUUUGUCAUUAUGCAACUUUUAAGCCAACUGGUAUUUCAGAUGCUGGAUUAUAAUGUGCUUUUUCUAGAAAUGGCAUCAACUAAAUGAAUGGAUUAGAAAAAUAUUGUAUCAUUGAAACUAACCUUCUGCAUUUGAAACUGCAAAAUCUCCACUGCAGGUGUAACUUUUUUCACUAACGCUUGACUUGUCUGCAUGUAGGGAAAGCUUUAAGACAUGCUGAGUACUCCACAUGGGAGAAGGUGUUAAAACAGAGA